ACUCUUUUUUUUUUUUCUUCUCUUUUUCAGAAGACAAAACCAAGCUUCCUCAAGCAUAACACAUAGAUUAGCUAAGAACUAACAGAGAUCUGAGAGAGAUGGGGAGAGCUCCAUGUUGUGACAAGGCAAAUGUGAAGAGAGGUCCAUGGUCUCCUGAAGAAGACGCAAAGCUUAAAGAUUACAUAGAGAAACAAGGCACUGGUGGGAAUUGGAUUACUCCUCACAAAGCUGGUUUGAGGAGAUGUGGAAAGAGUUGCAGACUGAGAUGGUUGAACUAUUUGAGACCAAACAUAAGACAUGGAGAUUUCUCUGAGGAAGAAGACUACAUUAUCUGCAGCCUCUUUGCCUCCAUUGGAAGCAGGUGGUCAGUAAUAGCAGCUCACCUGCAUGGUAGAACUGAUAAUGACAUCAAGAACUAUUGGAACACUAAGCUCAAGAAGAAACUCAUUGCCACUACGGCUCCACAACCUCAUCACCUCUUAGCCAUUACUUCAUCAUCAUCCUCAUCAUCACCAUCCUCAUCAUCACAUUACAACAUGAUCAAUAAUCUUCUUCCGUAUGACCCCUCAAUAUCUACAAACCAGCUGAUCACGCCUGAUCGGGGGAUGAUGACAGUGAUGGGCCCACAACAACUAUUAUACCAAGAAGACAUGGGCAGUUGGGUAAAUUCUCCAAACAGUAACAAGUUCGUAAUGAGGCGUCAAGACGACAGCCAGAAGCAAAGUACAAAUAAGGGAAUAAUGUUGUUGAGUGAUCUAAGAAGUGGGUCAAGUACAACACGUACAGUAACAAGAGUGAAGAUGGAGCAUCAUGAUUAUCAUUAUGAAGAACCUGAGAGAUCAAAGGAAGGUUAUGGAAUGGAUGAGAUAAAUCAGUUAAUAAGUAGUAGCUGUACAAGUAGUAGCAAUAGCUUAUGGUUUGAUGAAAGCAAGAGAGAGGAUAAGUUCAUGUUGUACUAUUGAUCUCUCUCUCCAACUUUGAUUCAAUCUCCAUAUUCUCUAAAAAUAAAUUAUUAAAACUUUUGUUUUUAAAAGGAGUUUGAACAUGUU